UUUUUUCGAUUAAAAAUUGAUGUUUGUUUUGGUCAGGUUUUUUUUUCGAAUUUUUGGUGGUUGGUAAAUCGAAUGAAUGCAUAGAUUGGGGUCUGAUUUGGGCAGAUUUUUAUAUUUUUUUUCGAAUAUUACAGGCUGUUUUUCAAAAAAUUGGGCAGAUUUACUCUUUUUUUGAAAAAAAAAAAAAUAUCGGUACCGAUCGGUUUCGGCCGUGAAUUUGAAGAAGAUUUCUUGGGUAGAAACUAAAAAAUGAGAGAAACAAAGUUAUGUGAUGGAUUCGAGUGUGGAGGGAAAAGGAAGUAUAUGAUAGAUUUACAAUUUGAAAAUCAGCCUCCAAAUGACAUAAUAUUUCCGAAAUGGCAUGACAGCACUAUUCUUUCUACAAUACUAUUCCUCCCAAUAGUAUCACACUCCUCUUAUUAAGAUAGUUAAAUUUCUGUUUACCAAUUUUUCAUUUUGUAUUCGUAUUUGAGUAGUGGCAUAGUUUGAGAUUGAAUAUCUCAAUUUCAAAUCCCACUAACACCAUUAGAAUUUUUGCUUAUAAAUAAUGGUUGGCUCUUUUUGCAUUGUAGAGGAUUUAUGCUAUGUCUGUUAGUGAGUGUGUGAGUACAUGCCACAGCAAGGUCCAGAGCAAAAGGAAAUCUAUUUCUUUUGAUACAUCUCAAAGGGAAAAGCAAAAAGCAAAGGCAGUCAUGGACUUGGACUCUACCGCAUCUUCAUCAUCAUCAAACAUGGCUGAGACAUGUCCAGCAACUUAUAGCCGUGUUCAUCAAGAGCUGUCAUCUAUUAUUCUAACGACGAGAGUUCAAAAUGACACUAUCCAUAUUAAACAUGCUGUGGAGAAAACGGAGGGUAAACGAUAUUGGGAUCAUGUUACUAAGUUAAUGAAUGAAAAUGCAUAUGAUGUCAACCGGAGACAAAUAUGUAGAAUGGCACAACAAAUCCAAGACUACCACCUUAAGGAAGAUUGUGAUUGCUGCUGCAUUGGGAAAUCACUUGCUAAGGUGAAGUUGUUGCCACAUCCUGUAGUUCCUGAUGAGCAGGAGCUUAACCAGUGGAAGAAUGAAGAUGUACAGGUAUGCAUGCCCAUUCAGCAGCACAAUAUGACAGUUGGCGGUUCAAGCAAGACGUAUCAUGAAUCCUCUAAGAUAGAAACCUCAGAAGUGGGCGCACGAUUUGACAUGAGCUAUCAGUUAAACAAAAAGCUUGCUGCCUAUCAUUUUACACGGGAACUAAGAUCGGAUUUGACAAAACUGAUCAUCAACUAUGGCGGUUUUAUUAUUCCUGAAAUACUUGGUUAUACAGAUGAUGAAAUGAUUUCUUUCAUUAAAUCAUCAUGCACUAAGAAAUAUUAUAAAAAAUGGUAUGAGCAAUGGUCACAAAGGAAUGAGUCAACCUCCCGUCUCCCUCCAGCCUGAUGCGCCUACAGCCUCCCUGCCAGAAACCCCAAGCUCUUCUACUUCGCGGGGCAGGAAACGACCUCUGCGUGGCUCGUAUGGUGAUGCUGAUGCUGCGCAUUCCUCCGGAAUUCAUGUGCUUUUAUGUUUUGCAAAACAUAUAAUUACUUGAUGUGUCUUUUUUUCCCUUCU